UUCCUGGAUCAUUUUCCCCUUUUGUCUCACCCUCAGCCCCUCACUAGGCACUCUCUCACUCUCUCUCUCUCUCACUCUCUGGCUCUCCGUCUCUCAGUCUGUUCUCUCUCUCUCCCCAGAGAAGCUAGCAAUCUCUAUGGCUCUUUUUCCGUUUCUGCUUUACUAUUUAUCUGGCCCUCGAUUAUUGGAUUCUUUCAGAAGUUUUUUCUUCAUACCGACAUGCCUGGCUCUUCUUACUUCUCUUUUCAUUCUCGUUUAUGUUUCUUCAACCUCAAAGUUUUUCAUUCAUCAACACCAUCCACAUCUUAUGAUAAAAUCACCAAUCGGUUCUUCAAGAAUACCUCCUACGACACACCAAAUUGCACAUGAUUCGUCUCACAGUCCCUCUACAAGUGCUCCCGAUGUGCCUCCCGAGUCGCUUGAGGCUAGUAAAAUCCUGCCGCUCUGGAACUACACUCGUGAAGGAAUUGAGAAUCUUCGGUAUAUGGAAAGUCACCAGCCUAUUGGUUCAAAUGGAAACCCUGUGAAUAACGAGGUCUUUCAUGACAAAGAUAUCUUUCUCGAAGACUAUGAAGAGAUGAAUAGAAGCUUUAAGAUAUAUGUUUAUCCUCACAGGGAAGACGAUCCCUUUGCAAAUGCACUCUUGCCAGUGGAUUUUGAACCUGGGGGUAAUUAUGCCAGUGAAAGUUACUUCAAAAGAGUUCUUAUGAAAAGCCACUUUAUCACAAAGGACCCUUCAGAGGCGGAUCUCUUCUUUUUGCCCUUCUCCAUUGCAAGGUUGCGGCAUGACCCAAGAGUAGAUGUUGGGGGAAUUCCAGAUUUUAUCAAGGCAUACAUCUCCAACAUUAGCCAUACCUAUCCUUACUGGAAUAGGACUGGAGGGGCUGACCAUUUCUAUGUUGCUUGUCAUUCAAUUGGAAGAUCAGCAAUGGAAAAAACAAAUGAAGUGAAAUUUAACGCUAUUCAAGUUGUGUGCUCGUCAAGUUAUUUUCUCUCUGGGUAUGUUGCUCAUAAGGAUGCAUCCUUGCCUCAAAUUUGGCCGAGACAAGGUGAUCCACCAAACCUUUUCUCAUCAAAGAGGAAAAAACUAGCCUUUUUUGCUGGAUCAGUAAACUCCCCAGUACGCCAAAGGCUUAUUGAAUCAUGGGAAAAUGACACUGACAUCUCUGUGCACUCUGGUCGUCUCAAGACACCAUACACUGAUGAGCUUCUUGAAAGCAAAUUCUGCCUCCAUGUCAAGGGUUUUGAAGUGAACACUGCACGUAUUGGGGAUGCAAUGUAUUUUGGUUGUAUUCCUGUUAUCAUAGCGAACUACUAUGAUCUACCUUUUGCAGACAUACUGAAUUGGAAACACUUCUCACUUACUGUUGCUACAUUAGACAUCCCAUUGCUGAAGAAAAUCCUACAGUCAGUAAGCUAUGAUCAGUACUCAACAUUGCAGAGGAACUUGUUGAAGGUGCGUAAACAUUUCAAGUGGCAUCCUUUUCCAGUAGACUAUGAUGCUUUCUAUAUGGUCAUGUACGAGCUUUGGCUUCGACGAAGUUCUGUUGUAGUUCCAUUGAAUGGAUGGGUAGAGCUCUGAUCAAGUUCUACCUGUAUGUAUGUACCACCACAUUUUGAUCCAAUACGAUUUUCUUGCGCCGUUCCUUUUGUUUGUUUCGAUCUUUUAAGGAGAAAAGAUUUUACAGCUUGGCAAGCAACUCAUUGAUCUGUUUUUUAUAAAGAGGCCAUUAACCAA